AUGGCGACGCCCGGCCUGAGCGACGCUCCCCUCGCCGUCCCGCCGCAGCUGCGGGACUUUUCGCUCGGGCAGCUGCAAGCCGCCCUCGUCGCACAGCUCUUUGUCGGCAUCUUCUACGCGACCCACGUCCUGUCGACGAUCCAGUACUACCGCAAGUUUGGCGGUCGCGAAGGCGACAAGAAGUCGGUCCAGGCCUACGUUGCAGUCGCGCUGUUCGUCGGGACGAUGUUCGCCGCUAUAAACCUGGCCGUAUCGUGGAGGUGGCUCACGCACACCGUCACCUACGGGUUCACGGACCUGGUCGUGAGAGACUCGGACAUCGUCUGGUCCUGGACGCUCGGGACCUUCGCGGUGACGACCGAGGCGUACUGGGUCUGGCGCGUCUACAGAGUGUCGAGGCAGAUUUUCGUGCGCGUCGUCGCCAUCACGCUCUUGGCCAUGUCGAACGCGUCGUUCAUUGCCCUGUCGUGCGUCGUCACCUCCCAGAGAUUCGGCGUCGGCAUCAGGGUCAAGCAGCUUCAGCUAUGCGCUCUCAUCGGCAUCUGGCUGCUCACGGUCGACUACAUGUGGUGCGGCGGCGUGCUCGCGUACGAGCUCGUGUGGCGUCGACGCACUCGAGUCGUCCGCUCGAACCUCGUGUCGGCCUUUACCGCCCUCGCGCUCAAGACGUCCCACCCUGCUCCAGGCUUGUUCACCAUCGCCGGCGCCAUCUGCAUCACCAUCUCUUUUCGCAACGUCGACACGGCAGCUUUCCACGCUUUCCUGUUCGUCGUCUUUCUCGUCGAGCGCGUGCGCCAUCUACAGUGCGUCCCCUCCUCCUUUCCCAUCUCGUUCGUCCUUUGCGUCUCUUUUAUCGUGUAG